AUGCGCGCAGAGAUGGCAAGCAUGAAGGAUCAGAUCAAGAAACUCGAAUCCCAUCGCCAGAGCCAUCUGGAUCUCGGUCAAAGAGCUAUUUCCACCUGGGUACGAGAUGCGCUUCACAAAGACACAGAACGCCGGAAGGAGGAGAUCCAUGGACUGAAUAAUGAUGUUAUCCACGGCGGUGAUGUGCGAUCCGAUGCCAUGGUAGUCACUGAGCGCUACAAGAAAAGCAGCACCGAAUGGCAAUCUUUCCGUACGCUAUAUGGCCUCACCCCGGACAAUGUGAAUGAUCUCGACCAACGGAAAUGCUAUGGAUCUCUGCAGGCCUUAGAUAGAGCAGCUUCUAUCCUGCUCAAGAACGCUCAGACAAGCCUCCCCACUAAGGCGAUAGGGAAGAAACGCGAGGAUCUUGUCGCUUUGCUACUAGAGAAGCGCUAUGAAGAGGCUGAGAAGAUGAGCAGUACUUUUCUUUGUGGGAACGAGUCGUCUAUGGCUGAAGUGUAG